UCAGACGCGGUUGCAGGUUGGUUCAGCUUGGUGCCCGGUUUUAAGGUUAGGGUUAGUGACUCUGUGACACCGCAGCGACGACGGACGACGGCAGACGACGAGUUUUCGGUGCGUAAGAAAGCCGGGCAUUGCCCGUUUGGGCGUUGGGCCGAGAAAGUGCCGUAACGGACGCACCGUCAGGCGGUAUUGUCCGUGGUCGGCUGAGAGAGCCCAGCCGUGCUGAGCGUAACGACGGCGUAUCGCAACAAUCGUCGUGACAGAUCUGUUUGUAUCGCGCGCACGACAGGAACGGAACGCGAGAACGCGGGUGGCAUCCGCCGCGCGCGACUAAAAAUAGAACGGCGCCUAUCGCGUCGACGAACGAAUUCUGCCGCGGACGUGAAGAGGAGGGAUACUGUACUCGGAAUCCCGAGGACCGGACACGCCGAUGACACGAGGUCGGAACGCGUGACGCGUGAACGUGCUGCGGAUAGCCGUCCUCCGUGGCGAUUUUUUUCAUCUGUUUUUCUCCGUGCGCGGAGUACCGUAAUGUUUCUCACGAUCGACGAAUCUGUCACCGAUCCGAUCUGUCCCGCGUCCCGUUGACACGAGCCGAGUCGCUCGAUCGAAUGUUUUUCGAUUUCGCGAGUGGCGCGAGUCAAUCGGACUUGUAUCAGCAAGAAUUCCGAAGCGAGUGCGUCGCGCCUCCACGCGCAACGCAAUUUUCGUUUACGUGAUAUUCACGGUUGUCGAAUCGCGUGAACGCGAUGAUACCUCAAGAAUUUUCGUGCGUGCGACACGCGUCGUCGCGUGUCGCGAGAUAGACGCGCGUCGACGGCAGCCGAGAGAGUAAUCGAUCCCCGCGGUCGUGAAAGGAACCGCGAAUUAAAAUUCGACACGCGAAAAGUAAUCAGGUGCGGAUGAGGCGGGGGACGCGUAAUGACGCAGGGCGCGAUCGGCGAGAAUACCGAUAACCGUUCGUUACGAGAUGGCUGAGCGCGAGCAGCUUCAGUGAGAAGAUGUCGCAGACUGCGGAUGCCGAAAGCGAGACGGGCUCCAUUUGCGACGAGGAACGUGUUCGGAAACUGUUCCAAGCAUGCGACGGCGACGGCGACGGAUACAUCGAUAGCCAGGACUUAUUGACGGUAUGCCGGGAAUUGAACCUCGAGAAUUCAGUGGAGGAAUUGAUGAGGGAAUUGGGCGCGGACGAGCACGGUCGCAUUUCCUAUCAAGAGUUUCUUAGGCGGCGUCUGGCCUUGCGACCGGAAAUCGAGGCGCUUAGGGCCGGAAAACGGCGAAGCAGUCCACAUCAUACUCACACGCCGGAAUACUUGCCCACCAGCAGCGACAACAGUCUCGGAACGGUUUCGGGACGACAUGAGAGUUGGGAAUUCGACAGCGGUGCCCGUGAUUUGUCACCGGAACCUCAUAGCCUUCAGAAGUUGGUGGAGGCGGCUGCCGGUGGGACAGGAAAUAUGCUGGAUCUCGCGAAUAAGCUGCACGCGGCCGCGCUCUCCACCCUGCGAUCCGAGGUGGCCGAGCUGAAUUCGCGGCUGGUGGCGGCUACUCGCGCGCGCGAGACGGCCGAGGCCGCGCUGAUGCGAGCGGAAGUGCAGGCGGCCCGCGCCGAGCAACGAGCGGAACAGCAAGCGGCGCGGCACGAGGAGCGACUCACCGAAUUGCAUUCCGUCAUCGCCGAGCUCGGCAGACAGCUGGAGCGGCAUCGCGCGACCGUGAUCGCCGAGGAGGACGAGUCUGAGGUCGAGACGAGCAGAGACGCCGAGGGUUCCAUCACUAAUCCGGUGGAGGAGAGCGAGGGCGGUGGGGACAACCAAGGGGAUGGCGAUCGUACUUUGGGGGACGCCGAUUCCAGUUGCUGCGAGGACGAGAAUCGACCGACAGAGAAUGGCAGGGAUCAGCUGGACAGUCCAGCCGCAUUGCCGACGCCGGAGCCGACGCAGCAAGCAGCGUCAUGCCAGAGCGUCGCCGUCGCGACGCUGCAAGAGGAAAUCACGGCAUUACGCGCAGAGAUCGCGAGCCUGCAAGCGCAAUUGACUCAUUUCAAGAAUCAGACCGGCAAUCAGAGACAAACGACGGGCAGUGAUUCACCGCGACGGGAGCUCAGAACAAGAGGCAACACCAGCUCGCCGGAACCUUUGACGGCGCCAUGCUCGCCCCUCUUGCCGCCACUACAGACUCCUCCGACGAAGAACGUAACGAGGGAGGAACCGCCAGUUCUCAAAAUGGCAGAGAGAGUGAGAUUGAGAAGGACAGACGAAAGACACAUUACCGGUCCGGAUAUCACUAAUCUCGGAGUGUGCUCCACCAUGGUCGCCGAGCAUCUCGUGUCAGAUCUCUUGGAACAGUCAAACCUGCAGGAGUUGAACGGUUCCGAAAAGCAAUUCGAGGUCGAGACGGAGCGGCUGAACAGCAGACUCGAGCACGCGCGGGCGAACAACGCGGUCCUCGCUCUCACGUUGCACGAGAGCAAGGCGCAAUGCGACAGAUUGAGCUUAUUAGUCGGCAAGUACGAAUCGAACGCGACGGCGUUGCGACUCGCGCUCUCGUACAGCGAUCGCGCCAUCGAGGCUUAUGACGUUCUAGUCGCUCUGCUGGAAAGCGAGAUCGCGCUCUCCACCGAGAGGAACAGCGUGACGAUUGAUAACAGACGGGCAGCGGAAAAUGUUGCGUAUCACGUCUUAAACAGACUCGAAAACGACUGCGCCAAUACGCUGGGUGCUCCGUGGGAGGACAGCAUGGUCUUGUCAGACGAAUCGGAAGUAACGUGGAACGUGGACGACGAGCAACGACUCAGAAGACACAUCAGCAGACUGAAGGGAGAACGAACCAUGGUCAGGUCGACGGCGGUUGAACUUGAGAGUGUACACGCGGAGCCUCUAAACUCGAAGAACACCAUCUCCCUGGCGGAAGCCAGAAAACUCGACUUGGAAACCGCCGUACUCAUGCAGGAACUGAUGGCUAUGCGAGAAGACAAGGCCGAGUUACGUGCCAGAGUGUUUCUUUUGGAAAAGGAACGCGCUACCAUAGAAUUGAAGUUAAAUGCGCGAGACACGCAGAUUGCGGCUCAGCAUGCGACUAUACAACAUCUUCAGGGUCAGUUGAGCGAUGCGGAAGCAAUGCUCGCGAUGGCAACAAAUAAGGACCGAGGUUUGAGUGACAACGAGAGUGUGGAGUCUGGAUUGAUUGAAGCACUGGGCAGAGAGGCAAGACUGAAGGAACGCCUGCAGGAAUUGAUCUCUACGUUGGAUGAAGUGAACAAAAAUUCUGAACUCAGGCAUCAGCAAUCCGCCGAACUCGUCAAUGAUUUGAAAAGAGCUAAUGGAGCCUUGGUUCAAACUCUGGAAAAGUCUAAGAAAAAAUAUCAGUCUAGAUUGAAAAAGUUGGAGCAGCAGAUGCUGGGUAUGGUGGAAAGGCAUGCUGCGCAGGUGAAAACAUUGAAGCAACGAAUAACUUUACUGGAAGAGGAAUCAAUGGGUUACAAGGGAAGCAUAGCACUUCAAUCUCAGAGCUCUGGCGCCAGCGAGACUUCAUUAUGACAGAUGAAUGAUUAAGUGGCAAAAAGUCGCGUGAUGCAAACUUAAUAAUUAUUUUUAACAUCUUUCCUAUCGUCGCGAGGAAACGAUAUAGCGCAAAACGGAAAUUAAAUUCACGUAUUUUUUUACACUGAAUAGUCGGCCGAAAAUAAAAACGCUUAGCUAUUCGCUUUGUAAUUAUGUCAUGAUAUAUACUGCUCUGCUGUCCUAACAAGAAUUUAAAAAAAAAAUUCAGCUGGGCCUAUGCAAUGUGUGCACGGUGUUCAUAUAUGAACGCAAGUAGCUUAUUUAAAACAAAUCUUACCUUUAGCACAUCGUAAU